UUCCUCCUCCGAGGCAGGGGAUAUCAUAUCUGUGACAUGUGUCUCUGACUUGCUAGAUCGUCCACGCCCUCAGCUCGGGGACGCCCCCGCCUAUGGGUGCCGACUGGUGGAUUCGCGACGCCGUUGUCGACCCGAUUGCCGCCAAAUGCCAGCACCUCGGCCUCCUGGCUUGCGAGCUGCGUGCCGAGGCAAAUCGUCUCAUGACCAGCGCCACUCGCACUCCAGAGAAUGCCAGGCUCGUGCAAGGCGUCAUGCGCCGAGCACAGAAGCUCGACGAGCAGGUCGCCGCUUGGAUACGCGAUGUGCCAGCGGCUUGGCGGUUCAGGACUCUGUGCUGGCAGUCGCACAGCCUCGCCGUCCCUGACGGCGGCAAAGAUUAUUCCAAGGCCGAGGUCUUCCCCGGCCGGGUGGAUGUGUACAACGACUUCUGGCUUGCUGCCGUCUGGAACCUGGCACGCACCACGAGGCUCAUCACCAUGUCCAUCGCCGUUCGGUGUGCAGCCUGGGUAUGCUCACCCAUGGACUAUCGCACAACGCCCGAGUACGCAACCGCGGCGAGGGUCUGUGGAGAGACCAUCUCGGACAUUCUGGCGUCGGUGCCGUAUCACCUGGGCUGGCAUAUCAAAAGGAAACAUCUCUUUGCAGACGACGGGUCCGCGGGUUUUGCGUGCGGCGACGAGUCCGGGAUGAAAGGGCUGGCCGCAUACUUCCUGACCUGGCCGCUUGCUUGCGUAAUUACUCAGGAUUUCGCGACAGAUGCUCGUGUGUUCUGCCCCGUUAUCCCCUCCCCCCCUUGACCCAGACAGACAACGGAAUCUGACGGUGGUUUUGCCAGAACGAGCCUACGUCAAGGGCAGGCUGGAGUACAUCGGAGACGAGGUGGGCGUAAAAUACGCCCAUAUCCUUGCCCAGGUUGGGAUCUCGUCCCCAAUCCUUUCGACUGGGACUGUGCUGACUGACGUUGCA